AUGGACCCGGCACCACCACCCGAACAGGGCCCGCCUUCAGCUCCGAACGUGUGGAGUGAUCCGCGCCUGGCCAAGGGCACAUUGGCCAAGCUUUGGGAAAGUGAGUCAUCCUUGAGGGCACGAAUGAUGGAUCAGGACUUCCCCUACUUGACUCGCUGGGUCACAAACCCGAAGACCAAGAAUGUGGCAAUAGGAAUCCCAUCGGUGAAAGCCAUGGGAUUGAACGUCACCGCCUUGGAAAAGCUUGCGGAGUGGUACUGCCCGGUGCAACCCAUCGCAAAAUGCGUCAACAUCAACGUGAUGAGGAGGGAGGACCCAAAUCUGGAGAACUUUUUCGCCAUCCUCGAGCGUCACUGGGCUGAGUCUGGACCCAUUGCCAACGAUGGCUAUGACGAUGCGUGUGAUUCUGACCCGGACGAUGAGGACACUGACCCAGUGGUACCCGAAAGCACAAGUAUGGAUAUGGUGGACACUGUGCCCAUGGAUACCCAAGAUAUGACCGCAGCUGAGAGUGUUGUGGAGAAUGCCAACGCGGCUAAGUCCUGUGAGGCUGUGCCCAUGGAGCCCAAGGAUACCUACAUACCUGCAGCUCCUGUGGAGGAAACCUCCAGUCAGUUGCUUAAGGCUGGGCCUUUGAAGACCCAAGAUGUGCUUGAAGCUCACGCGGAAGAAAAUGAAAAGGAAAAGCUGCUCAAGGCACGAACUUUGAUUCUUGGUGAGUCGCCGUCAGGCAAAGGCUUUGGGCUUUCUGGGGGACCACCGGCGGGGGAUGCCGGGCCUGCCUCUGGUGAAGUUGCCAAGCAUGCUGGGCAGAAAGAGGAGACCGUGGAUGGCUUCGGUGGGGAAGAACAGUUUGAGCCGCCUCGAGUGUCUGAUAGUGAACAGGCGCAGGGAGGGGAGAAAGAGUCAAAGAAUCUUGAGAAAGGUAAGAUCGAAAAGGGUGAGCACAAGGAUCCGGAGAAACCCGAGGAAACAGUGGUCAUUGAAGAGAAGGUGAAAAAUAAAGAGUUGGAGCACAAGGGCCCAGAGAAGCCUGAGGAAACAGUGCCCUCUGGCUCGGCAGCUUCGAAGAGGAGCGAAGAGUUGAAGAAUGAAGACGGCUCUGAUUCUAGCGGCGGCGGUCCUGCAUUGCCAACAGUCACGAGACUGGACCAGCAAGCAUUCAAGAAAAUGAAGACCAAUGAGACCUUUGUCUCGGAGGUUGAAGUCUUAAGGUCGGAGAUGGAAUCCACAGAGCUCACUGUGGAAGGAGAAUUUGCCACGGAAGCAGACAUGAUCGAGAAAGACAUCUAUCAGAACAUCACGCUCUACUACGUUGAGCGCAGCUACAAAGCUUCGAUGAAGCCCCUUGUUGGAACGCAGAGGAAGAGAUCUUCGAUCGAGAUCAACCAUCGUGCGCGCAUGGAUGUGCAGGGCGGCCUCCAGGACCUUGAACUGAAACCAGGGUGUGUUCUUGGUGAAGGGGUUGAAGAAGGUGAAGAGGAAAUCACGAAGUCCGACGAUGAGAACCAGGAAAAUGGCGCCAAACUUCGCAAGAAGCUUGGAAUCCCUGAGAUGGAUCCUGACGCCUUGCCAAGCAGUUGCCUACCAAAAUAUUUGACAUGCAUGGCCAAGCGAAUCUCGUCUUUGGCAGCCCUGACUGCAAAGUUCAACAAGCCAAAACUCUCCGAUAUUCAGACUCGGCUUCUUGACGUGCUCAUCAUGUUGCGGGAGGCUCUGCUGAGUGAGUCCUCAGCUUUGGAGGAGAUCCACAAGCCUUUCAUUCCAAAAGAGUCAAAGGAUGAGAAGGGUGCGAAGGGUCGCGCGGCCGCAAAGGCGGCUGUGAAAGGUUCUCACAAAGCUCCUGAGCCUGGGGAUCUGACCAACAACUAUGCAGAGCUUCUGUCUGAAGGGGUCCCAGCGGCGAAGCUUCGACGCGUUGCAGACAAAGCCCGAGCAGAGGUUGGAGAGAGGCAGUUGGCCUCAAAGGCAUCCAGCGGUGCCAAUGCUUGCCGAGAGGCUCACGCCUUUAUUGGAAGAUGGAACUUAGCUUGGAAGAUUCCCUACAGCUACCUGCCACUCCAAAAAAAAGAUGGCUCACAGAUUGAAGUUCCCUACAUAUCACCGAAGGAUUACUUGAAAUUUCUUCUUGGCAAAGCUCCACACCUUCUUUAUGGGGGCCUUGAUGAUUUGGAACUGGGUGCCAAGCAUUGGGAAUGCUUUUGGAAUCACUACCGGGAGAUUCACCCAACACAUGUUUUGUUCGAGGCUUCCGGGAAUACGGAGAGAAGGCUCAGCAACACAAUAGGUCUUGCCUUCUACGGGGACGAGGGCCGCGGCCUGAAACGUGGAAACACAUGCAUCAUCACCAUGGAGACCGUCUUGGGCCUCAUGGAUCCUUCAAAUCCCCGAGACUCCAGAUGCUGUGAGAGCUGUUGCGUGUCCAAGUCAACAGCGAAAAGGUAUGACUUGAGGGAAGGGUUCAUGGCUUCCCCCAACGAUCUUGGUGAAAUCCCACUGUUCGCGCAGCAUGUUUCAAACUACAAACACCACAGCUUUUUGACUAAGUAUGCCCUCAGUAUCCUACCGCAUUCCUACUUCAAGGAAACUGACCUCCUCGAGCGAUUGAUGGGUAGGCUAUGUCAGGACUUCCGGGAGCUUUUCGAGUCUGGUCUGGAAACGGGUCAAGGAAAGGUGUUUGCUGCCCUUACUGGGAUGAAAGGUGACCUCAAAUGGUACCAGUCCAUUGCAAACUUGUCACGCUGCUUUGCCAAGCAGUUGAAACCGGAUGAGCCGUGCUGCCACCAGUGCAUGGCUGGAACGGCAGACAUGCCAUUUGAACAAACAACCCACAAUCCAGAUUGGGCCCAAACCAUGUUCUUCCAACGACCAUGGGCACAAGACAACGAACCACAAGCCAUUACGAAUCUCCCAUUUGAUGCAGCAGCGCCAGAAAGAAUCUUGCGUCGCGAUGUAUUUCAUAAUGCUAAGCAAGGCACAUUCCGUGACUACAUAGCAAGCACAGUGCUUCUACUUUGCUUGCUUGGAUACUUUCACGACAGUGAUGGGAGCAACAGCCGAGAUGCUCUGCUGGGCCGGGCGCACGCCCACUUCAGUUUGUGGUGUUGCAGCACGGGCAAGACGCCCGCCCUACGCAGUUUCAACUCUCUCUUCUUUAGCAUUACUUCAUGGAGUGACUAUCCAUGGAUCAAUUGCAAGGGCAGCGACACGAGCCUAUGUGUGUCCUGGCUCCGUUGUCUCACACGCUGCCUCCUUUUUGACCUGAAGGAUCCGGAGCACAAGCAAACGCUUGAGUCGAUGCACCGGGCAGCUGUUCAGGGAGAGCGCUUUUUCAAGAUCGUGUACACUCACGGUAUCUGGCUCAGCCGGCACUGUGCUGCUGCAACAUACGAGGCUUUGCAUUUGUUUUUGAAAGAGUACAACACGCUGUCUUUCCUGUCGCUUUAUAAGCAUGCCUACACGGGGUACGCCAAGAAAACCAAAAUGCAUAUGUUGGCCCACGAGAAGUAUGACCUUCACAUGCUCUUGGUUGGCAAAAGACCUGUUGCAUUGAAUCCGGUGAUUUUCGCAACGGAGCAAAACGAGGACACAGUGGGGCGACUGUCCCGCUUGUCGCGCCGGGUCAGUCAGCAUUGGCCAGCGAAAAGGACUCUGGAUCUUUACUUGAUACAGUGUAAGACCGUGCACAGGAGGUACUUGGCAGUGCGAAAGACGAAGGGAAAGUUGAAGCGAAAGAGUUAA